CUAAGAACACCAAGUAAGACAAAAAAGCAUGCAAUACAAAAAAAGCAAAUAAUAGAAAACAAAGAGCAAUGGUUUCCUCAGUUUCCCUAUUUGCUUCUCUUACACCGUACUUAGUCUCAGCAUUACUUCUAUUCCUUUUGCUCGAGCAACUCUUUUACCGUGUCAAGAAACGUAACCUCCCUGGCCCUCUCUUUGUCUUUCCGAUCAUUGGAAAUGUUGUUGCACUUAUCCGCGACCCAACUUCCUUCUGGGACAAGCAAUCCGCGAUGGCGGACACGUCCGUUGGCCUCUCCGUCAACUACCUUAUUGGAAAAUUCAUCAUAUACAUUAAAGACGCAGAGCUCUCCAAUAAAGUCUUGUCCAACAUUCGUCCCGAUGCUUUCCAACUUACUGGACAUCCAUUCGGAAAGAAGCUCUUCGGUGAUCACAGCCUUAUCUUUAUGUUUGGCGAGGAUCACAAAUCCGUUCGUCGUCAAGUCGCUCCUAACUUCACCCGCAAGCCACUCUCUGCUUAUUCUUCCCUCCAGCAAAUAGUUAUCCUCCGUCAUUUACGGCAGUGGGAGGAAAGUUUUUCUAGUGGAUCUCGUCCGGUUUCGAUGAGACAACUCAUCCGUGAACUCAACCUCGAGACUUCCCAAACAGUUUUUGUUGGACCAUAUCUCGACAAAGAAGUCAAGAAAACGAUUUGUGAUGAUUACAGUUUGUUAACUCUUGGAACAAUGGCGAUCCCGAUCGACCUCCCUGGCUUCACGUUCGGGGAGGCUCGUCAGGCGGUAUCGAGGCUAGUGAACACAAUGUCUGUUUGCGUGGGAAAAUCAAAAGCAAAGAUGGCCGCAGGAGAGAAUCCAACAUGUCUAGUCGAUUUCUGGACGCAUUCGAUUAUAGAAGAGAAUCCUCCACCGCCUCACUCCAAAGAUAAAGAGAUUAGUUGUGUGCUCGUUGACUUUAUGUUUGCCUCACAAGACGCGUCCACGUCAUCACUCCUCUGGGCAGUGGUGAUGCUUGAGUCGGAGCCGGAAGUGCUAAGAAGAGUGAGGGAGGACGUUGCAAGAUUUUGGUCGUCGGAGUCCAACGAGUUGAUCACAGCCGAUCAGCUUGCGGAGAUGAAGUACACUCGGGCUGUGGCGCGUGAGGUCUUAAGAUACCGACCACCAGCAAGUAUGAUUCCACAUGUUGCUGUUAGUGACUUCCGUCUCACGGAAUCGUACACAAUCCCAAAAGGUACAAUUGUGUUUCCUUCCCUUUUUGACGCCUCGUUUCAAGGGUUUACUGAACCAGACCGGUUCGAUCCUGACCGGUUUAGCGAGACAAGGCAAGAGGAUGAGGUGUUCAAACGUAAUUUCCUAACUUUUGGAAAUGGCUCGCACCAGUGUGUGGGCCAACGUUACGCGAUGAACCACCUCGUGCUCUUCAUUGCCAUGUUCUCCUCGAUGUUUGAUUUCAAGAGGGUCCGAUCGGAUGGUUGCGAUGACAUUGUGCAUAUCCCCACAAUGUCGCCCAAGGACGGAUGCACGGUGUUCUUGUCUAGCCGCCUCGUUACCUCUCCUUGAAUUGAUUUGAUAAAAGUCAUCGUCAGUGUAUAUUCUAUGAUUGUUCAUGAUGUUCCCUAAGUGUUAUUAAAUUUGAGAGGAGAUGUCAUUGUUUCGCCAUGUCUUCACCAUAUUUAAUUCGUGUUCUUGUUUUAUUUUGUCCCAAUAAUGUUAUAUAACUUGUUUCAUCUGUUC